UCUGCUCACCAUCACAUAAGUUAACAUGUUCACCUCUGUGUUGUUGAUGUGCAUGCUGGUGGCUGCUGGUGUGGCUCUUCCAGUGGGCUAUGAUGUACCCAUCCCUUACAACUUUAAUUAUGGGGUGAGCGCCGGAAGCACCAUCUUUGGCCAACAGGAGAGCGGUGAUGGUUCUAACGUCAAGGGUACAUACUAUGUGAACCUUCCUGACGGUCGUGUGCAAACUGUGGGUUACUGGGCCGAUGGUAGUGGUUACCACCCAACAGUGACCUACCAGGGCACUGCUAGUUAUCCCAGCUAUGCUCCUUCUUACGGCUACCACUGAUAUUCUCCUAAUGAAACACUUCAAGUUUCACGCAGUUUAAUACUCAUAAUUUAAGUUUCCUCUUGAUAUAAUAAAUACUGUGAAAAUGUAUUUUACAGAUAUUUGUCUUGGCUAAAAUUCGGGUACUAUACGAUUAAUUAAAUUAACUAGAUUAAAUAUAUUAAGAAGGGCAAGUUGGCCAGAAGAUUCAUUGAAUAUAUUUUGUCUUACAAGUCCUGACAACUGGUCUCGUGCACCUUUUUUCCUGCUUCUGCAAAUUACGUUUAUGUUAAUAAAAAUAUAAAUAUUAUGUUUUAUAUAUUUUAAAAAAUCCAGUUAUUUUAGCCAAUGGUGUAAAUAGACUGAAUCAUUUUUCUCAUAAGCUUCCUCCUCGGGGAAGGUGCUUUGAUGU